AUGAAGCCCGCACAACAACCUUCUUCUUCUUCUCCAACCCAAGCCCUGUGCCUCGAGAAUCCAGUGACAAGAUCGAAGACCCACGUCGGGAAAGAGGGGAGUGAGCGACCGGGCGGACCUGCAUCCCCGUUCUGGAGCGCUGACCGCCGUGCCCACCACUCGCCGCCGCCUCCAGCAGCAUCAGGGUUUACAGAGAUAGGGGCGAAGUCUUGGGCUCUUUGCGAAGGGUAGGGAAUUAGGCGUUCUAUCACGAUGGACAACAUUGUGGAUUCCUUGAGCAGUGCGUACCAGGAGUUCCUUGCGGCCGCGGCGAGUGUUCUCGAGGCCAGGGAAGCGUCCGGGGCCCAAAAAAUAGCUGCCACCGACGCUGCCCUGGAGAAUUUCAAGCAGCACUGGGAAUUGUUCCGGGUGGCGUGCGAUCAGGCGGAGGAGUUUGUGGAGUCGGUUAAGCAGAGGAUCGGAUCGGAGUGCCUGGUGGACGAGGCCACUGGCUCCGCAGUGGGGAAGCCCGGGCAGGCUGCCGCACCUGGCCUGCCCCCCAUAAGUGCAGUUCGGUUGGAGCAGAUGAGUAAAGCGGUCAGGUGUCUCGUCAUCGAGCUCCAAAGCGGUACUGGCACUGCUGGCGGAGCAGCACAUGCGCAUUCCACGGCGCCUUUUGAUGCUCGAUUCUCCGAAGAUGCAGCUCAGUAGGUAGCAGGAGGCUUCUAUAAUUCCCUGAGGAGGAUCGGUUGGGUCCUCCAGGAGAUCAUAGUAACCCCCCCAAUGCGACAUUAGUAAGGGAUUGGUGGUGGUUCUGUAAAUUGCUUUCAAUGCAGCUAUGUACUACACUUGGAGGUUAGGACUGAUAACUCAUACAGGAAAUCAAUUACACAUUCUAUUUUGGCAUCUGUAAAAUUUGUAGCUUAGACUACAAGGAUCUGUUAAAAUUAGAGACAAAGUUGCAUUACAGAUCUUUGUGCAAUGUUUGAAAAGAUUGUCUGAUUGUAUUGGUAUGGGCUUGUAGCCACGGAGCAGUCUUUCUGCCAGGUUGUGAAGUUUACAAGUUAGCAUCACCCGAGUUGCUUCACUUUGCGGCUUUCAAACUCGCGAAAUGGCGCAUUUGAUUGCAAUAAGUAACAACCAUUGUGGCUGUGAUAGAUCUACAGGGGGAUGAUAUCUAUUAUAUUGUUUGUCUUAGUAAGCUAUUAUUUUGUAUGUUUGGCAUUGUCUAUUAUAUUUAUUGCACAGUUAUAGUGCAAUGGAAGUUCUAGUUUUCUAAUAUUGGAUUAUAAAUUAUAUUCAUUUUACAAGUUUACUGAAUAUGUAAUGUGGAUAAUUCUACUAUUUUUUAUGUGCAGAAGUUAAGUA